UCGUCGUAAUUGGGCGCAACUGUGCAAGGCUUUGCCGAACAUUCUGUUAUAUCACCACACAUUAUGUGGUUGAUGUAUGUCAACCAUUUGCAUUUGCGUCGCCGACAUGGUGAUGGCCACCGUGAAGAAGAGAAAGCUGGAUCUGGGAAUAGAUUAAACUGGACUGGAAAAGAAGAUUCUGACCCGUCGGUGAUUAACGGCGGUGUAAAGCCGAACAGUGUGUUGUUGGACUUGGAUUUAAAAGCUAAAAUUGGGGAUUUCAGCUGGCAGAGAUUGGAAACAGACGAUGAGGUGGAUCGAGAAAGUCAAGUGGUGGUGGUAGAAGAAGAAGAUAAGGGAGAGAUCGAGAAAGAAGAGUCGUGAAAAAGAUAUGGCCGAGAAGAGGAGAGCUGAAUAGUUGAUUGUGAAGGCCGGUCGCCGGAAAUCAGAACUAGAUUGCGUGACUGGAUACUGGACCAUGAAUAUAAAAUCAAUUAUA